GUCAAGACCAGACCCUUCCAGUUACAGUUCGGGGGGGUCCAAUGAGGUCCGAUCAGGUCCGAUUGAUUCUUUCCAUCUUCCCGAUGGACUCGAUCACCGGAUCCAGGUCACUUCGACCAUGGCCGUGGUCCACCAGACGGUGCGAGGCACUCGCUUGCGUGAUUGGCGUCUACAGCAGCUCCCAGACCAUGAAGGAAGCCUGCUGGCCGUCCAGGGCUCCGGCUUCUACCUCGUCCGCUCCAGCGCUCUUAUGGCCUGCGUGCCGGCGCGCGAGGCGGAUGUCUUCCUGGCCUGGCAGGCCAAAGGCUAUUUUCAGAAAGUGGAGCUUUUGGUGAGGCCCCGUGAAGGGCGAGCCGCCUCCGCACCCUUCUUGCUCUGCUUCUAUGGCCGCAACAAGAGCUGCAAGG